CACGGGGCUCGUCCCGUGCUUCCUCGCCGCCGCCGCCGCCGGGCCGUGGCGAGGCCGCCGUCGACGCCCCCGCCGCCUCUCCGUCCUUUGCUUCCCCGACGCUGCCACCUCUCCAUCCCCUUCGCUUCUCCCCCCCGCGCCCGGUAUCUGUCGCGGGCGCCUCCCCAUCUCGCUUCUCCGCCGCUGGCGCUGGCGCGGCGUUCUACCCUUUCCGUGCUUCCCCGCCGCCACCGCCGCCGCCAUACCCAUCCAGAGCGACGGGCCUCUUCAGCGUCUGCAGAUUCCUUCUGUCUCGGUGUGAAUAGGGCUUGGAAGGUACCUGUUUGGUCACACUCUCAGCGCUGAUUGGUGGAAGGUGUUGUGGUGCUCCGUUGUCUGAUAUUUCUCUCGAAUCGGUAGCGAGGGCGUGGCUGCUGUUUGUACUUUUUUGAGCUUUGACGGAAUGGAGUGCAACAAGGAUGAGGCCCUUAGGGCGAAGGAAAUUGCAGAGAGGAAGUUCCAAUCCAGGGACCUGCAGGGGGCCAAGAAAUUCGCCCUUAAGGCCAAGGCUCUCUUUCCGGAUCUCGAAGGUAUUGUGCAGAUGAUCACUACCUUGGAUGUUUACCUUACUUCGGAGGUGAAGAUUGCUGGCGAGAAGGACUGGUACUCUAUCCUUUCUGUGGACACGUCGGCAGACGAUGAAACUCUGAAGAAGCAGUACAGGAAGUUACUGCUUCAGCUCCAUCCCGACAAGAACAAGUCAGUGGGUGCUGAGGGUGCUUUCCAGAUGGUUCAAGAGGCAUGGACCGUGCUGUCCGACAAAACCAAGAGAGCGCUGUUUGACCAAAAAAGGAAAUUGAUUGUAAUGCAACAGAAGAGAUCUCAAUCAAAUAAGACAAGUGCAGCUCCAUGUGCAGCCAAUGGCUUUGAACAUUUCGCAGCCAAAGCACCCGCUUCCAAGGCAAGUGCAAACAAGGAAAAGACAGGAUCAGCAACAUCUGCAGUGCGUCAGCACCCGCCCCCGCCUCCACCCCCACAGCGCCCGCCUCCACCCCCACCCCCACAGCGCCCGCUUCCUCGCCAUCAGGCUGCUGCUCCAGCUCCACCUCCAGCAGCACAACCUACAUUUUGGACCUCAUGCAACAAAUGCAAGAUGAAUUUUGAAUACCUCAGAGAGUAUUUAAAUCGCAAUCUGCUUUGCCCUAGCUGCCGCGAGCCAUUCAUUGCUAAAGAGGUGCCGAUGCCACCAACUGAGAUUGUUCAGGCAGUACGUGAUUCAAACAUCCGCGGUGCAACUGAAGAUGCAAGCGCUGGCAGAAAGUUUCAGUGGGGUCUGUUCUCAAGGACAGCUGGUCCAGCUAGUGCUACUGCAUCAUCCGCUGCUGGCACUCAAGCUGCUAAUAUGGUUCAUCAGACGUAUGAGAAAGUGAAGAGAGAGAGGGAGGAGGCACAAGCUGCAGCAAGAAGGGAAGAAGCUCUUCAGAAGAAGCACAAUGCUCUAAAAAGGAAAGCAAAUGUGUCCGAGAAUGUUAACCAUAGAAUGGGUGAUGUUGCAUCUGGAAAGAAGAUGAAAACUGUGGGUAUAGAUGCUGGAGUUGGUUCUUCCUCCAUUCUCUCAGGUCCAUGGGCCAAUUAUGUUGGAACUCCAGGUGGAACUAUACCAUUUUCAACCAACAGUGGAGCCUUUGAGUUUCAAGGUGCUAAUGGUGUGAUACCCAAUUGGAGACCUAGGCCUUCUACUCGGAUGAGUGUAACUAGGACUUUCUCUAAGAAGGAUAUUAGGAACAUUUUGAUUGACAAGAUGAAGAGCGAUUUGAGGGAGAAGCUAAAGGAGAUAAGAAGUAAACCACUCCAAGUUACAGUUAAUGGAAAAGCAAGCGAGAAACAUGUGGUUAACGAACAUGUUGAGGGUAAUGAAACUCUUGCGUCAGAUGAUUCUACUACAAACAAAGAUGUCUGCGCUGAUCCAGAGGAGAAUGGUUCUGCUAAUAGUGCAGAUGCUGAAAAUGAAGAUGACAGCACUUUCUCCUAUACUGUUCCUGAUCCUGAUUUCCAUGAUUUUGACAAGGAUCGUACUGAGGAAUCUUUUCAGAGUGAUCAAAUUUGGGCUUCAUAUGAUGACGAAGAUGGCAUGCCUCGUUAUUAUGCAUAUAUUCAGAAAGUUAUCUCCUUGAAUCCAUUUAAGGUCAAAAUAAGUUAUCUCGCAUCGAGGACAAAUAGUGAAUUUGGACCAUUGAAUUGGGCUUCUUCCGGCUUCAUAAAGACAUGCGGUGAUUUCAGGAUUGGUAGAUAUGAAACUGUAGAUAUAAUCAACAUGUUCUCUCACCAGAUUAAAUGGGAGAAAGGUCCACGUGGGGUGGUCAAAAUUUAUCCGCAGAAAGGCGAUAUCUGGGCUUUGUACCGAAAUUGGUCCCCUCAUUGGAAUGGAGGUACUCCUGAUAAUGUGCUUCAUGUUUAUGAUCUGGUUGAGGUACAGGAUGAUUAUGAUGAAGAUAAUGGAAUUUCUGUCAUUCCCUUGAUUAAGCUCACUGGAUUUCGAACAGUUUUCCAGCGUCAUCAGGAUCAGGAUGUCAUCAAGAGGAUUCCAAAAGGAGAGAUGUUUCGGUUUUCACAUCAGGUUCCCUUUUACAGGAUGUCAGGGGAAGAAGCUCCAAAUGUCCCCAAAGAUAGCUAUGAGGUAGAUCCAGCUGCUAUCUCUAAAGAACUUCUUCAGGGGAUCACAGAAACUGUGAAGGAGGCAGAGGGAACUUCUAAAUGCUGAGUAAAAAAGUUGAUGCUGACUCAUUUAUGCCUUUGUUGACCUGCCGUUUUGAAUCAAAUAUUUGUUGACAUUUGCUAGUUUCUAUAGUUUCCUAGCCUCUACCACUUUGACAAUCACCUUUGUAUACAGUUGUUGGUCUGGGGCUAGCCAUUCCUAAAUCAUCUUGUAUGGCAUCUGGGCAUGUGUCUUGUCAUCUCAAAACUUAAACAGUGAUGCUGAUAAUGUGAGUUAGAGACAUAGUCAUUUUGUAUGUCACAGAUACUUGGAAUUACCGAUACUGCUACAAUAUGCUUUCUUAUCUCUUGGAAUGAAGGUUUUGCUAUAUUA